GAAAAAUAAAGAUGCUUUAAAUAUGCUAUUGGUGGCUACUCAAUAUCCUUUAAAAAUAGCUUGUUAUGGGUUAAUUGAUGUAAAUUAUGUGUUGCUAGUAAAGGGUUUUCGUUUAUGCUACAGUCUUUAUACGGCAUCCAGACAAUUCAUGUAAUUGCUAUUCAAAUCAAAUUCAAAUAUCACAAAAUUUAUUAGAUAGAGAAAUGAGAGCAUAUUCACUACUCACUACAUGCAUAGAGCAUACUCACUACAUGAUUUUGAAUU